AACAUUGCAGCACCCGUGUUUGUUGUCUCCCCUCCUCUUCUCGGGUCUCUCGUUCCCUCUUAUUAAUCAGUCGCCUUGACCUACUCAUCCUCCUCUUUCUCUUUCUCUCCUCCUCUCCUCUCUAAUUCUCAGCAUCUUCCUCUGACUCAUCUUUUCAUCCUCUCCCCCUUCUGUUUCUCCUGUCCUCUCACUCUCAUUCUGGUUUCCACCCCACCCUCUCUCUCUAUCUCUCUAUCUCUUCCGCAGCUCGACUCUUUCAGGCUUCCCUAAUAACGCAAGGCUCCGCGCGCUGAAGGCAGGAUGUCUAUUGUGAGCAUCAUUGCCAGGGAAAUCCUGGACUCUCGGGGAAACCCUACAGUGGAGGUGGACUUGAGAACUGAUAAAGGUCUGUUCAGGGCUGCGGUGCCCAGCGGAGCUUCGACAGGCAUCUAUGAGGCGCUGGAACUCAGAGAUGGAGACAAGAGCCGUUACAAGGGCAAAGGCGUAUUGAAGGCUGUUGGUCAUAUUAAUGACACUCUUGGACCAGCCCUCAUCGCAUCUGAGAUCAGUGUGGUGGAACAGGAGAAACUGGACAACAUGAUGAUCGAAAUGGACGGCACAGAGAACAAAUCUCAGUUUGGAGCUAAUGCCAUCCUGGGAGUGUCUCUGGCCAUCUGCAAGGCCGGUGCGGCAGAGAAAAGCGUCCCUCUGUAUCGUCAUAUUGCUGAUCUGGCAGGAAACACAGAACUAGUGCUGCCAGUUCCUGCCUUUAAUGUCAUCAACGGAGGCUCUCAUGCUGGAAACAAGCUCGCCAUGCAGGAGUUCAUGGUGCUUCCUGUGGGGGCGGAGUCUUUCCGGGACGCCCUGCGUGUCGGAGCCGAGCUCUACCAGACGCUCAAGGGUGUCAUCAAGGAGAAGUACGGCCAAGACGCCACCAACGUCGGCGACGAGGGAGGAUUCGCUCCCAACAUCCUGGAGAACAGUGAAGCACUUGAGUUGAUAAAGACAGCCAUAGACAAGGCCGGCUUCACAGAUAAAGUCGUGAUCGGGAUGGAUGUAGCCGCCUCUGAGUUCUACCGUGACGGCAAGUACGACCUCGACUUCAAGUCUCCUCCAAACCCAGACAGACACAUCAGCAGCGAUGAGCUGGUGGAGAUCUACCAGACCUUUGUCAACGAUUAUCCAGUGGUGUCCAUCGAGGACCCGUUUGACCAGGACGACUGGGCCGCUUGGACUAACAUGACGGGCUCCAUGGGGAUCCAGAUCGUGGGCGACGACCUGACCGUGACAAACCCCAAGAGGAUAGAGAAGGCUGCGGAAGACCGCGCAUGCAACUGUCUGCUCCUGAAGGUCAACCAGAUCGGCUCCGUCACAGAGGCCAUCCAGGCAUGUAAGCUGGCUCAGGCCAACGGAUGGGGCGUGAUGGUCAGCCAUCGCUCGGGAGAGACAGAAGACACUUUCAUCGCUGAUCUAGUGGUGGGACUCUGCACUGGACAGAUAAAGACAGGAGCUCCAUGCAGAUCUGAGCGUCUUGCAAAAUACAACCAACUUAUGAGGAUUGAAGAAGAACUGGGCGAUCAGGCUCGAUUCGCCGGGCACAAUUUCAGAAACCCUAGCGCUCUGUGAUACUGACAUCACCGCACCGAAAUCACUCAAAAAACAGCUGACAAACAGAGUAUGUACUGCACUGAACCGACUGACCGCCCUUGACGUCCCCUCAUAUCAUUCAAAAUGCAUUAAAACAGCACUAUUUGCACUGAUAUACAAAAACAUGACUUGCUCAGACACUCAAGGUAUAUAUUUAAACUGAACUGGACUAUGGACAGGCUUUGAUAGACCAAAUAUUAUGCCCAGUGGAUCCUGGACCGACCAACAUUAUGCACAAGUGAUACUGAAUUACUUGACGGAUAAAACAUGUGCAAAAGGGUGGACAUGCAUGCAUACGAUCCAGAAAAUGGACCUUGAAUUUAACAAGGCAAAGACUUUUAAAAAGAAGGAUUUAACUCAGAUGGAAUAAAAGUAGAGAUUUAUUUUAAUCAGGUGUAAUCUUUCAAAUUAAGCUUCAGUUUCGAUGUGAAAUGUAUGUACAUAAAAAAAAUUAUAAUAAUGUCUAGGCUGACUUGCCAUGAUAUAAAAAUCAAAUGUAAUUUUUAUGGUUCAAUGCAUGAGAACUAGGCAAAAAAAUAUAGAUUUUGGAGAAAAGAGAGUAGAUAAAUCAAAUAGUAACUGGAGUAUGUUUUGCUGGGUCUAGAAUUUACUCUAAAAGACCAGGCCAUUAGAUGCUUUUUAUCAGUCAAUACGCUCUUUCUCAGAUGCGGUGUUUUGUGUCCAUCUCUGAACCAAGAGAAUGCGGAGAAAAAAGAAAAAUUUUCUUUUAAAACAAACUGUUAUUCAUUCAAAUCAACAAAUAAAAUAAAAAGUGUUCUACUCAUUUUAUUAUAUGAUGCAUUUAAGAUAAUAUGUAUUUCAACAAAGUUAAAUAAAUAUGUCCCGAUUAUGUUAUGAUAUUGCCUUAUGGCUGCCUACAUAGAUCAACACGGCAAAAAAUUAAUAAAUAAACAGAUUGAAAUCUAAAGGAUAGUACAUAAUGUUCACAUAUCACUUCUAAUAAUAAUAAUAAUAAUUAUUAUUAUAUUCAAGAACCUCCUAAUCUUCAUCAGUCUGCCUGAUUUUCUCAUGCAGUGACUCUUAAAAUGUACUUUUACCCUGAUCUCCAUCCUAAAGGGGAAGUGGAAGAUUUUUGCGUUGAAUAAAACCGACUCUUAAGUGAGCCAUCUGUAUGCACAUUUCUGGCUCAACCAAUGGUGUGUGUUUGGGGGCGGGGCUACCAUCUCCAAAUAUAUAAGAGACAGCUAUAAGAAUGACACGCUUCACUUCUGCUUUAAGAUGAAUGAUCAAACUCCAGUAGUGAAUGAGAGACAUAACAAUCACGAUGAAGAUCUGAUUCAAGAACUGGACCGACAGACACAGCUUACAUCAAUAGAGACCAAACACACACACACACACACACACACUCACAUUUGUGUAGCAAAGUCUCACCCUCGAUGCACACGAUUCCUUAUUCUCUUUCUCUCCCCCAUGGACUUGCAGUCUGUGUUGCUUUCUUUCUCUCCCCCUUCCCUUCUUGUGGUUAUGACUUGGCUUGUUCCCCCAUACCUGAAAUCUUUUUCCUCCCUGAUGACUUCUCUUUUCAUCGUUUUGUGAGAUUAUUGUGGUUAAAGAAGGAAAAAAAGAGCAAGAUCGUGAGAAAAUGUAAAAAAUAACUGAGAAGGCUGUCAGUGAAUAAUGUUAUGGAAUAAUAAAGCUGUCAUUGCUUUCGUCAAA